AUGUUAAUGGGCAAGUUGGAAGAAUUUCCAUCGCUCAAGAGUCCAUCAGGAAAUGAAGCGAAUCCCUUCAGACGCAGGAAAAGGAAGCUCAUCCUAUACUCGUUGUACCUGUUUUCCAUAAUUGUGAUGUGCAGGCUUGCAAACACCUUCUAUUGGCUAUACACCUUGGAUCUUAACAAGCUGUGUCUCAACAAAGUGGUGUACGACACAAAGACGUGGAAGAAGAUAGAGGUUGGAAUUUCUCUUGAGAACUCGGAGUCGCCCAUCCAUGUAAAGUUCACAGACGUGACUGCGAAUCUGUUCAGUAUGUCGACGGAUGGCAUUGAAAGCCCCCUGCUGUCCCUAAGGAUCCCAGGGGCAAACAUCGCAAAGCAUAAGAACAUCUUGUUUAAUGGAGACAUAUAUGUCGAGAAUUUCAAUAGGAGGAACAUGCUUGAAUCAAGGUUUUCUGUCAAUUUUGUGAUUAAGAUAGAUGCAAAGAUGUAUCCCCGCCUGUGCUUCAUAAGGUUCCCCUUCCACAGCUCACAGACACUUUCCCUAGGAAGUUCAAUCUCUCGUCCAGGAAAGGAAGUUGUGUUUAAGCAUGUAUGUGCUGGAAUGAAGGACGGAUAUCUUCUACUGGAGGGAGAGGUUGACAGCAGCAAGUUUAAUGUUCCAAAGUUUGUUGUGAUCCGAAGCCGCGAGAUUGUGGUCAACUUCGGAGGAGGAGAGGGGCCUAGGACCCUAACGAUCGGCCCGAUUGAGGUUGACGGAACCAUGUUUAUGGAGCCUUUGAUCGUAAAGAUCAGCAUAUCGGAAGAGUGGGGAGACGAGCUCAGGAGAAGCCUUGUUCGGGUGCUUAGAGGAGACGAGGUGUGUGUCAAGGUGGAUGACUUUUACUUCAAAAAUCAUGACGAUGGGACUCCUGAGGAGCGCAUCAGGCUUGGGAUUGGAAUUGGGUUCAAUGCAAAAAACUCGAAGGACUACGACAUAACGUUCAUGAAGAAAAACGUCAAAAGCACACCUUUGAGUGCACCUGUGAUAAUUCUAAGGAACGUGGUGGGAAGGGAGAAUCCUGGGCUCAAUAUCUACAUCAACAAAGAUGCGCUUCCGUGCAUUGAGUAUUACAGCUUCUUGGCGAUUCCCUCGAAGCCGGUCAGUGGGUCUGUACAUCUCAACGGAUGCUGCAUUGGAGGGAUUGAGGUUGAAGUGGGUAACACAGAUAAGCAUUUUGUGCUGCUGUGCACGUUCCUUGAAUUCGAUUCGCUGAAGAUUCUGAAGGCUUUCAAAAUGCGGCGGAAGAAAGAUCUACGGGUUGUCCUGAAUUCGGAUGUUGGGUUUGGAGUUCUUGUGAAUAAUGUCGGGGUGGCAUGGGAUCUUUCUGAGAAUCUCUAUCUUUUUUACAAGGAUGAAAGGUAUGACUUUCUGUCCUCUGAAAAGAAUAAAGACUCCAUCAAUGUCCGGCAUGUGAUUUCGAAUGCCUCGGGGUCUCUCCGUGUUGAUACGGCGGUUGUUUUUUCUCCGAUUAGAAAAAACAGCGUUGGGUUUCUUCAGUUGAAUCUCCAUGGUUUCAGCCUUUCUCUUGCCAAUGCAGGAAUCAAUGCUAGGAUUAAUGUGAGUGACACCAAUAUUCUAUACCAGAACACAAACGAACCCUUUUGUAGAAGGCUCUUUGGAAAGCUCACGGUGCAUACAAGAGUCGAAGACACAUUGGACUGCAUACUUAGAAGCAUUGAGUAUGUUGGAGAUGAUCCUGUGGAAGAUGAUGAACAGCAAGGCCUUCAGCUUGGAAAGAUCUGCCUCAGGUACGAUGACGGAAAGCCUAAUGAGCUGGGAAAACACUUCUUCUCUAUAACCAUUCCGGAAGACAGUAGAUCUCGAGACAUGGGGGCCUCUAUUCAGAACAUCGUCAGAGUUGUAGGAGGGAUAAGGUUCAGCCUGGUAGCGGACACGCGGGACAUGAGCUUUGGGCCAGUCCAUCCAGUUGUGGUUGAGAUUGGAAACUCUAAGCUUCGUUAUUUGAAAAGAGGGAAGGAGGCGUGUCUUGACGUCAUAGGCGGGAUAGAUGUCUCUGUAUCUUUUUCCCAUCCUUAUGAUCUUGUUGCGUUAUGGAUGUGCGAUGUGGAUGUUGUUUGCGACGAAAAGGACUAUAUGGCAAGAACGAUCAAGAGCAUAGUUGCCAAGGCCAUGAGGAAAAGAGAUGGAAGGGCUGUUGAAAAACAUGUCUGUAACAAAGACUUGGUGUUUAAAUCCAGACUAAAGAAGAUGAAGAGCUGUUCACCGAGAUUUGAGCAUGUGUAUGAAGGUGUUACCGAGAUAUCGAUCCCCAUAGAAAUGUUCAACUCUGCAGGGAUUGAGUUUGAUAUCCCAAGAGUUGGUGUUGCGGCUUUUGAUGUGUGCAAUGAGAACUCUCACUACAGGGGGAUUGCCUCCGUAGAAACUCUGCCUUGCUCCUAUUACGAAUUUGAAGGAAGUGAAUACAGGUCUUUUGGGAUACUGUAUCGGUUCUCGGAGCUUUCCCUCGACAACGCUCUAGUGAGCAUAUGCCUUAUCAAUGGCAACAAGCUAAGCAGCCCCACUGUCAUUGAGCACACCUUGUUCAGAAAGAUAAUGGCAGACAUAAGAAAUGAGUUCACCAAGGUGAAAGGAAAGAGUACGCUAGCUGCCGAGAUUAGCAGCACAAGCAACUGGAAAAUCAGAAGCAUAGGGAAAACGGUGACCUCAGAUGAGGACACCUGGACGCUGAGGGUUUUUAGUGACAAGCUGAAGGAUCUUGUGUUUUCGAAGGUUCCAAAUCUGCUUUUGGAUUCCUUCUAUGAAGUUCUUCCAUCUGGGAUGAGGUUUGUGGUAGAUAUAGAUAAAGAUGUUGUGGAGAUCCUUAUAGAAUCCCAUAAAAGAAAUCCUUGGAGAGAUGAAGAGGCGGGGAGUGAGAGCAAAGGCCCAUUCUACGGGAUACUUGACCUCAAGUUCUCUAGAUUCUUGUUUUCUGAGACGGUAAAGUACAAGUUCCAGACUGUAGAGGACAUACAGACAAAUAAAAAUAGAGCGAUGCUGGAAAGGCCAUACCGUGAUCCCUUUACUGAUACGGCUGAAUACAAGGACUGGUGCAUCACCAGCAAGUUUGGAUUUCAGGCAAAUAUCACUAACGACGGGGUUAUAUGCAUUCCAAAGGUAAGGUUCAGCAUGCCCAUUGUGUUUUCUCUAGUAAGCAUUUUCCCUCCCUACGUCCCGUUUGUCCCCGAUAUGAACGGGCUGGGGAUGUAUGUGGAAUUCCCCCUCCCGUUUGACCUCAGGAUUCCAUCUCCCGAAUUGCCUGUAGAGGUUACAUUUGUUUCGAAAUCAAACGACAAGGAGCUUGGCAGGCUCGGAUUUGGAACUAUUGUGUCAAGUCCAAACAUAUUUUUCAUAACCAUCAGCAUUCCGCCAACCUCGUAUGCGUUAAGCCUUGGAGAGACGCUGAAGCGCUAUAAAAAGGGUAGGAAGAGAGACUACCCCACCAUCCAACAGGACGUAUCAAUAUCCAUCUUUGUCAAUGGGGUCAAGGCCCACGAAUGCCUCAAUAGAAUAGUGGUGGAAGCUCAGGAAUUCAGCGGGCUUCUACACUCAUUAGUCUUCUUGGAAAAGCGUCUCUUUAGCUUCACAGGCACAAUAGCUAGAAAGAUUCAAAGAUCUCUUCGUGAAAGCAAGAAAAAGCAACCACGUGCAUUAGGUAACCAAUAA